AUGUCCGGAGAAUUUCGUAUUGAAACUAUCGAACCCGGCGACGGGGUUACUUUUCCUAAGAAAGGCCAAACCGCCGUUGUUCAUUACACUGGUACCCUAACCAACGGGAAAAAAUUUGAUUCAUCAAGAGAUCGCAAUAAGCCUUUCAAAUUCCGUGUUGGCACUGGUAGUGUCAUUCGAGGAUGGGAUGAAGGAGUAGCGAAGAUGAGUGUUGGCCAACGAGCAAAACUUAUUUGUCCACCUGAGUAUGCGUAUGGUUCUCAAGGCGUCCGCGUAUACUUGCUCACUAUUCCGCCAAAUGCAACUUUGAACUUCGAUGUUCAACUUAUUAGCUUGGAAUAA